AUGUCCACUACCGUGCACCCCGAAGUCACAUGGGCUCAGCGCUCCUCCGACUCCGAUGCGGAGCGGAACUACCUCUACGUGAACCUUAAGACCCCCGACGUCCCUAAGGCCGAGGCCAAGCUGAGCAUCACUCCCUCCAAUGUCUCUUUCACCGGCACCUCUGGCAAGGGAGUCACAUACUCCGUCUCCCUGGACCUCUACGCCGAGAUCGACCCCGAGAACAGCAAGGUCAACCACACCGACCGUGAGGUUGAGCUUGUCCUGCGCAAGAAGGAGCUCAAGCUCGAGUACUGGCCCCGCCUUCUCAAGGACUCUAAGAAGGUCCACUUCCUGAAGACCGACUUUGACAAGUGGGUCGAUGAGGAUGAGCAGGACGAGGCUGCCGAGGAUGACUACGCCAACAACUUCGGUGGCUUCGGCGGCGACGAGGGCGGCGGUCUCAGCAACAUUGACUUCUCCAAGCUCGGCGGCAUGGGCGGUGCCGGCGGCAUGCCCGACCUGAGUGCUCUUGCUGGUGCUGCGGGUGGUGCUGAGGGCAUCGAGGGCGAGGAGGAGGAGGACGAUGAGCUUCCCGAGCUCGAGGAGGCCGAUGGCAAGUCCAAGAUCCAGGAGGUUUCUUAA